UUCCUCACCACUACCGCCGCACCACCAGUAGAUCACCACCUGCGCCACCGCCGCCGCGCGCGCGCGCACAGCGACAGCAGCGCCGUUGGGAGCGGCGGUCGGGAUGGCGACCACCGGCGGUCCGUCGGUGCCGUCGCGGUCGCUGUCGAGGCGGAGGCGGACGCUCUCGCGGCAGCCCAGCCGCGCGUUCACCAUGCGUCUGGACGGCUUCCCCGGCAACGACGGCGCCGGGGGCCCGCCCUUGGACCAGGAGGAGCUCGUGCCCCCCUCGCUCGCUUCCAUCCUUGUCCCCAUCCUCCGCGCUGCCAACGAGAUCGAAGACGAGAACCCGCGAGUCGCCUACCUUUGUCGAUUUGCUGCAUUCGAGAAGGCUCACACAAAGGAUCCUGACUCAAGAGGACGUGGAGUUCGGCAAUUCAAGACGUAUCUGUUGCACAGGCUUGAAAAGGAUGAACUAGAGACAAUGCGCAAGCUUGCUACAACCGAUCAAAAGGAGAUACAAAAGUUCUACGAGCAAUACUGUAGAAAAUAUCUAGAGGGUCAUGAAGGGAGAAAACCGGAGGAGACAGCUAGGCACUAUCAGGUUGCAACCGUCCUAUAUGAUGUUCUAAAAAUUGUGACACCUGAAAAAUUACAUGCUGAGCUUGAUAGGCAUGAUAAAUGGGUUGCAAAAAAGAAACCUUCACUUCCAUACAAUAUUCUACCCCUUGAUAUUUCUGAUGAGACCAAACAACCAAUAAUGGAAAUUCCUGAGAUCAAGGCAGCAUUGCAGCUCCUUCUUAUAUUAGAAGGCCUUCCAAUGCCGAGGACUGAAGCGCCGCAAAGCUCGGACGGAAUAGCGCCUAAAGAGAUGGAAAUACCUAUUGUUAAUGAUUUGCUUGAUUGGCUUUGGCUCACAUUUGGAUUUCAGAAAGGCAAUGUAUAUAAUCAAAAGGAGCAUUUGAUUUUGCUGCUUGCAAACAUUGAUAUGAGAAGAGAGCAUAAUGCCCACCAGACUGAAAGACACCUUCAUAUUAUAGCUGAUGCUACAGUGAAAUCUUUGAGGAAGAAAAUUUUCCAGAAUUACGAAUCUUGGUGUCAAUAUUUGCAUUUGAAGUCAAACAUUAUAAUCCCAAAUGGUGCCUCCAUACUACAGGCAGAACUUCUUUAUAUAGGACUGUAUUUGCUGAUUUGGGGUGAAGCUUCCAAUGUUCGCUUUAUGCCUGAAUGCCUUUGCUAUAUCUUCCACCAUAUGGCGAGAGAUUUACAUGAUAUAAUAACUGAUAGAGAUGGAGUUUUUGACCCACCAUUUCGGAGAGAGGGGUGCGAUGAUGCAUUUCUGCAGCUAAUUAUUCAACCAAUAUACGAUGUUAUGUACAAGGAAGCUUCAUGGAGCAAAAGAGUUACUGCAAGCCACUCGAAGUGGAGAAACUAUGAUGACUUGAAUGAGUACUUUUGGUCGAAGAAAUGCUUCAAAAAAGUUGGAUGGCCAAUGGAUCUAACAGCUGACUUUUUCGUGCGUCCUCCCGAAACUGAAAGCAAAAUCGCGCAACAUUAUCAUGCAAUUAGCAGUCCGAGGAUUCCAAAAACAAAUUUUGUUGAAAUUCGUACAUUUCUGCACCUAUUCAGAAGUUUUGAUCGUAUGUGGGCCUUCUUUAUAUUAGCUUUCCAGGCCAUGGUAAUUAUUGCUUGGAGCCCUUCUGGAUCGCUUUCUGCUAUAUUUGAACCAGCGGUUUUCAGAAAUGUGUUGACAAUCUUCAUAACGGCUGCAUUUCUAAACUUCCUUCAAACCACACUAGAGAUUGUUCUUAACUGGGAAGCUUGGAGGAGCCUGGAGUGCUCACAAAUAAUAAGAUAUAUCAUGAAAUUUGCCGUAUCUAUUGCCUGGUUAAUCAUUCUUCCGACGACAUACUCAAGCUCUACUCGAAAUCUCACAGGCCCUGUGAAGUUCUUUAGCAACUGGAUUGGAAAUUUGCAGAGUGAAUCUAUUUAUAACUUUGCAGUUGCUCUUUACAUGUUACCAAACAUAUUCAGUGCCUUGUUCUUUAUAUUUCUACCUAUUCGUGGGGCCUUAGAGCGCUCAAAUGCUCACAUUGUUAGAUUUCUUUUGUGGUGGACUCAGCCAAAGUUAUAUGUUGCCCGAGGCAUGUAUGAGGGCACAGGUUCACUUCUUAAGUACACAUCGUUCUGGAUUCUAUUGCUUGUAUGCAAGCUUGCCUUCAGUUUUUAUGUUGAGAUUUCUCCUCUAGUUGGGCCUACCAGGACAAUCAUGUUUUUGGGAGUGGGGACCUAUGAGUGGCAUGAGUUCUUCCCUUACUUGCAGCAUAAUUUAGGUGUUGUGCUUACUGUAUGGGCACCAAUUGUCAUGGUAUACUUCAUGGAUACACAGAUAUGGUAUGCAAUUUUCUCAACAAUAUGUGGUGGAGUAAAUGGUGCUUUCAGCCACUUGGGUGAGAUCCGAACCCUCGAGAUGUUAAGAUCAAGAUUUAACGCAAUCCCAAGUGCAUUUAGCAAUAACCUUGUACCUAAUCAUGGUAGUCAAUCAAAAAUACAUGAGGAGGACAAAAAUUUGGAUAAGUUUGCUAACAUAUGGAAUGCUUUUAUUGAUUCUUUGCGAAAUGAGGACUUACUAAACAAUAGGGAGAAAAACUUAUUAGUUGUUCCACCAUCGGUCGGUGACGCUACUGUUUUUCAAUGGCCUCCUUUUCUUCUUGCCAGUAAGAUUCCAAUGGCACUUGACAUGGCAAAAAGUGUCAAAAUAACGGACGAAGAGUUGAUAAAGAGAAUAAACCAGGAUCCUUAUACCUAUUAUGCAGUAAAAGAAUGCUACGAGACAUUGUUGAAAAUUCUUUGCAGCCUCAUGGCUGAAGAAAGUGAUAAGAAAGUUUUAAAUCGAAUACGUGACCGCAUUGACUGCAGCAUCCAGCGUCGGUCACUUGUGAGAGACUUCCGAUUGGAUCAGCUUCCUCAGCUAAGUACUAGGUUUGAUAAGCUGUUCGAUAAUAUACUGAAAACUCCUGAGGAUCAGAUUGAGUUAGUUAAGACACAAAUUGCCAAUCUGUUACAAGAUAUAGUGGAGAUUAUCACGCAGGAUAUUAUGAGAAAUGAACAAGGUAUUUUGAAGGACGAGGACAGAAAAGAACAAAAGGAAAAACUACUGUUUACAAAUAUAAAUCUGGGCUUGUUAAAGGACAAAGCUUGGAAGGAGAAGUGUGUUAGGCUCCAACUGUUGUUGACAACAAAAGAAUCUGCUAUAUAUGUACCGACGAAUUUGGAAGCUCGGCGUAGAAUCACCUUUUUUGCAAACUCACUUUUUAUGAAAAUGCCUAAGGCUCAACCGGUCCGUAGCAUGAUGUCCUUCAGUGUUUUAACUCCGUACUACACAGAGAAAGUGCUCUUUUCACCAAAAGAUCUUAGUAAAAAGAAUGAGGAUGGUAUAUCCAUACUUUUCUAUCUACGGAAAAUAUAUCCAGAUGAAUGGUGGAACUUUACUGAGAGGAUAGAUAUCAAUCGGAAGGAUGAAAAUGUGAUGCAUGAAAUCUGUCCUUGGGCAUCUUAUAGGGGUCAAACGCUCGCCAGAACUGUGAGAGGAAUCAUGUACUAUAGGGAGGCACUUAAGAUCCAAUGUAUUCAGGAUACGAAUGAUCUUGCUAAAUUGGACCGUGGUAGAACAUUGGCGUCCAAUCAGGAGUUAGAGGAUGUUUGUGAAAUGGCACAAGUUAUUGCUGAUAUCAAAUUCACAUAUGUUGUAUCUUGUCAAGCCUAUGGCACACAAAAGAUGUCCAAGAAUGCUAAAGAGAAAAUCCGCUAUCAGAAUAUCCUUGAUCUCAUGAUAUUGUACCCAUCAUUACGAGUUGCAUUCAUUGAUGAGGUAGAAGCUCCGACUGGACAUGGAACAACAGAGAAGACAUAUUAUUCUGUUCUUCUCAAAGGAUAUUGUUCUAAUCUUGUCGAAGAAAAGUAUGAUGAGGAAAUUUACCGCAUCAAGCUUCCUGGCAAACCCACGGACAUUGGAGAAGGAAAACCUGAAAAUCAAAAUCAUGCCAUAAUUUUCACUAGGGGAGAAGCACUCCAGGCCAUUGAUAUGAAUCAGGAUAAUUACAUCGAAGAGGCAUUUAAGAUGAGAAAUGUACUGGAGGAGUUUAAGAGUAAUAAGUAUGGAAAGAGCAAACCCACUAUAUUAGGCCUACGUGAACACAUUUUUACUGGAAGUGUUUCGUCGCUUGCUUGGUUUAUGUCCAAUCAAGAGACCAGUUUUGUUACAAUCGGGCAACGAGUUCUGGCCAAUCCUCUCAAGGUUCGGUUCCAUUAUGGUCAUCCAGAUAUUUUUGAUAGGCUCUUCCAUAUUACUAGAGGUGGCAUAAGUAAAGCUUCAAAGACUAUAAAUUUAAGUGAAGAUAUCUUUUCAGGUUUUAAUUCGACAAUGAGGGGAGGAAAUGUUACACAUCACGAAUACAUACAAGUUGGUAUGGGGCGUGAUGUGGGAAUGAAUCAAAUUUCUAACUUUGAAGCUAAGGUGGCCAAUGGCAAUGGUGAACAAACAUUGAGUCGCGACAUCUAUCGGCUGGGACGCAGAUUUGACUUUUAUAGAAUGUUAUCUUUCUACUUUACUACAGUUGGCUUUUAUUUCAGUAGCAUGGUUACUGUACUUACUGUCUAUGUAUUUUUGUAUGGGCGGCUAUACCUAGUUAUGAGUGGUCUGGAAAGGUCUAUUCUACUGGAUCCACGUAUUCAGCAGAACAUCAAGCCUCUUGAAAACGCCCUAGCUUCACAGUCUUUUUUCCAACUUGGUUUGCUGCUUGUCCUCCCUAUGAUCAUGGAAGUGGGCUUAGAGAAGGGGUUCCGCACAGCCUUAGGAGAGUUUGUAAUCAUGCAGCUUCAGUUGGCCUCAGUGUUCUUCACAUUCCAGCUUGGCACCAAAACCCACUACUAUGGGAGAACAAUACUCCAUGGUGGCGCUAAAUACAGACCUACUGGCCGUGGAUUUGUUGUUUACCACGCCAAGUUUGCUGACAAUUACCGCAUGUAUUCCCGGAGCCAUUUCGUUAAAGGACUCGAACUGUUGAUACUUCUGGUUGUAUACCUAGUCUAUGGAAGUUCCUAUCACAGCUCCAACUUGUACCUAUUUGUCACCUUCUCCAUAUGGUUCCUGGUUGGUUCUUGGCUCUUUGCACCAUUUAUCUUCAAUCCAUCAGGUUUUGAGUGGCAGAAGACGGUUGAUGACUGGACAGAUUGGAGGAAGUGGAUGGAUAACCGAGGGGGUAUCGGCAUGUCUGUGGAUCAAAGCUGGGAGGCAUGGUGGAUAAAUGAGCAGGAGCAUCUCAGAAAAACUAGUGUCCGCGCCCUUCUGUUGGAAAUAAUCCUUUCACUUCGUUUCUUGAUCUAUCAGUAUGGCAUUGUGUACCAUCUGAACAUAGCACGCCGCAGCAGAAGCAUUCUGGUAUAUGCAUUGUCAUGGCUGGUUAUGCUCAUUGUUAUAGUAGUUCUGAAGACGGUUUCAAUAGGACGGCAGAAAUUUGGGACGGACCUGCAGCUUAUGUUCCGCAUCCUCAAGGGCCUUCUCUUCCUUGGUUUUGUCUGCGUGAUAGCUGUCCUAUUUCUUGUCGGUAACCUCACAAUUACUGAUGUCUUCGCUAGUAUUCUGGGAUUCUUGCCUACUGGAUGGUGUAUUCUUCUGAUCGGACAAGCAUGCUCGCCAUUGUUUAAGAAGAUAGGACUGUGGGACUCCAUAAUGGAGCUCGGGAGGCAGUACGAGAACAUAAUGGGUCUAGUCCUCUUCCUGCCCAUAGGCUUCCUGUCGUGGUUUCCCUUCGUCUCCGAGUUCCAGACGCGGCUGCUGUUCAACCAAGCCUUCAGCCGGGGCCUCCAGAUCUCAAGGAUCCUCGCUGGUCAGAAGGAGGAUUUCAGGGACUCCGAGUGACAGGUUUCAUCUAUCCUAUAGACUCGCCCAACUCCCAAGUUCUCUUCCUAUCAUGAUCGAUUGUUGGCGUAAGUACUGCACUGAGGUUUACUAGUUUCUGGGCGCACAACUAGUAGAUGGUAUAUCAGUAUAUGUUUUGCCCCUUCAUGGAUUGCCUUUUGUACAAUGUAUCUAGUAAGAAAUUUAGCACCUACUAGUAAAUGGGUAAGUGGGAUUCAAAAGGCAUAUCUUUCUUGUGAAGUUAUUUGGAUAAAAGCCACUCAAGGCUAAUGGUGUGUGUUUACUAUAUGAGAUAAUCCACAUCAUCUCCUUAGACAUUUGAAUUACUUCUGUAGAAAACGUAAUUCUAAAAACAUGCAUGUUUUAGAUGGAUGCUUUUCUAUUCAAAGAUGUUCAGCAUUAUCUUUUCUUUUUUCUUUUUUUGCGGGGAAGAUGUUCAGCAUUGUCGAUACUGCAAAAUUCGCUAGUCUAAAACAAAACAAAACCUUGAUGGGCUGACUAUAUUUUGAAGUCGAUGAUGGCUAGUACCUCUAAGUGUUGCGCUCAACAUUUGCGUUUGUUUGCUCUUGGUCAUUUGGAAUGUGAGAAUUUUUUACAAGUUCUUAUGGGAAUUGAACUUGUGAAAUUUUUUAGGAAAAAAUUCAAUUCCCUUGUACGACGGUAUUUUACCACGUAUAUGUGCAAUCCCCCGAUAUACAUAUACACAUAUACAGAAAGAAAAAAGAGGGGGAAAAGAAAAAGGA